AUGUCUAUGUCGAAGACGGGUCAGGCCGCGGAGAAGGAUGAGCAGCAGCAGUCCCGAGGGAUAGCACUGAUGCAGGGCAUCUGCGCCGUGGUGUACCGCAAGGCCGAUAACACGCCCUGCCCCAUCAAGCAGGGUCUCUACUUGGGAUCUGUUGGAGCAGCAUUCAAUAAGGACGCUCUCAAGAGUUUGAACAUCACCCAUAUCUUGAUCGUUGCAAAGUCACUGGAUCCAGUAUUUCCAGCUGAAUUUAAUUACAAGAAGAUCGAAGAUGAAGCUAUAAGCUCUGGAGGCAAUGUUUUGGUCCAUUGCUUUGCUGGGCGGUCAAGGAGUGUGACAAUCGUUGUUGCAUAUCUCAUGAAGAAGCAUCAAAUGAGCCUCGAAAGUGCCUUGUCACUAGUUAGAAGUAAACGACCUCAAGUGGCUCCUAAUGGGGGGUUUAUUUCCCAGCUGGAGAAGUUUCAGAAAUCCUUGCAAGUGGAGCAGGAAUGGAGAAUGCAACCUGUGCAGCACUGA